AUGUCGUUCACUAUUGAACCGAAACUCCUCUGGGUCGUCAUCCCCAUUUUCCUCGCCUGGAACGUGCUAAACCUCAACAACCCGGUGAUGAAGGUGUUCCUUGAAUGGUUAAGUGUCCACCUCCAGUCUUGGCUGGAGCAAAGGUGGUGCGCCCUUGCCAGCACGGGGGGGUCCGGAGGUCAGGCCAGGUCAGGGGGGAAGAAGGAGAGUGUAGGGGAGAAGAAGGAGAGUGUAGGGGAGAGUGAUGAGGAGAGUGAUGAUGAGAGGGAGAAGAAGAGAGAGUGGCGGAGGAGGUGGCCAGUGGUGGUGGAAGAGGAUGAGGAGGAGGAGGAGGAGGAGGAGGAGAGGCGGCCUGACUCGCCUGAUAACGGACCCUUUGCCAAGUUCAAGGACACCUUGGGAUCCUGGUUGGCGACUCUGCGACAUUGGCGUGGCCUCCGCAGGGAAAGGGAUCUGGAGAGGGGGCGGUCCAGAUCCUCGAGCCCUGCGGCACGUCAGUCACAGACCCAGACGACCCAGGUCGACGCUCGUGGGGGACCCAGCCCUGGGGAUCUUAAUGCCAUUCUCUCGGGGCUUUUGCAAACCAUGGCUGGGGUUGAUCCCACGGGUGGUCAAAGUUGA